UCACCAUUACAACUCACCUCACCGAGUACACCCAACCAACCCAAUAUAGCCUUCAACAUACUAUCGACAAGGAACAAAAAUGUCCUCCCACCAAUACACCCACUCCCAAUCCCUCCCCCGACACUCCAUCCUCCCCGCCUCCACCACCGCCGGCCCUUCCUCCUCCAUGGGCAGCUCCUCCAUGUCGAUGGCUAAGACGCGCCAGUACACCAACCUGCAUAAUCAACUCGAGCAACUGAACGCUAAUCUCCGAGACACGGAGAAUCUGCUCAGGAUGACAGCCGUGCAGGCCGAGGAUAUGCGUUUCCUGGGCGGGUAUGUUGGUGCAUUGUUUAUGGGGUCUGCGAAGGUGUUGGGAGAGGAGGGUGUUAAGGGGGAUAGUGCUGGUGAUGAGGAAAAGAGAGAGGGUUGAGGGGAGAAGAUAUUUGGGGGUUCUCAGAACCUUUCAUCAUGGAUGUGUUAUGGAUUAAUUGGCACAAGGGUAUUGGUAAAGUAGUCAGCCAUCUC